AUGAUACCAUUAUCGUUGACAUCAGCUAUGUUAGCCGAAAUUCGAAGUACAGAAAAAGAAGCGGAGAGAACUACCAAACAAGUCGUGUUUGUAGUCGUCGUUAGUGUCCUAGUUAUAGUUUCUCUUAUUAAUAAUUUACUUAGUUUAGAAAUCUUUUUAUUACGCGACGUAAGACGUAAGAAACGGACUUCUAUUCAAGGAGCUAAUAUUCGAGAAAAUAAUAUUCGCAGAGAUAAUAUUCGCAGAGAUAAUAUUCGCAGAGAUAAUAUUCGCAGAGAUAAUAUUCGAAGAGAUAAUAUUCGAGAAAAUAAUAUUCGCGGAGAUAAUAUUCGAGGAGGUAAUAUUCGAGAAGAUAAUAUUCGAGAAAAUAAUAUUCGCGGAGAUAAUAUUCGAGGAGGUAAUAUUCGAGAAGAUAAUAUUCGAGGUGAUAAUAUUCUGUUUUUGAUAUUGUAUUCUGUGUGCUCUAUAAUAGUUGCCUUAGAAUUACAAACCCGUGUAAUAUUGAUGUUAUUUGAUCGAUACUCUUCUGCUGGUUACACAUUUUACUCAUGUAAUAUUGCACCGGUUGUUAGCACAAUGCUAAUUCAUUUGGGACUAUGGCUAAGUGCAGCGAUCACAGUUGAACGGCUCUUAUUCGAUAUCAUUUAUAUUGAAGUCAUAGGCAAACAGGCACACAAGCGAACUGUAAUAAUCAUGAUCCUGAUGCCUGUUAUUGUUUUCAUCACCCAUAUUCACGAAAUAUUUGGACGGCAGGCGGUACCAGACCCCGGACAACCUGGUUCUUUCGUCUGUACAUUUGAUUAUGACAAAAAAUGGUUGAAUUCAAUUGAUGAUUGGCUUUCCACAUUGCAUUUAGCUUUACCAUGCUUCAUUCAUUCUGUUUGUUUCAUAACUACACUCUGGCGACUAGGUCAUGAAAAGGGCACCGGGUCCUAUUGUAAAUUAUCACUUACUGGACUUAAAAAGAACGAAUUAUACUUGAUACCACCAGUACUGAUUGUUGUUUGUUGUUUACCACAUUUCAUAUUUGCCCAUUUAAUGUAUCACUGUAUUGAAUUAUCACAUCUUGGCUAUCUUCAUUUACAUGUCACUCUGAAUUUAUUUAUUUUUAUUCCACAGGCUUUAACAUUUUUUAUUUAUAUACUACCAUCAACAGUUUAUAUGGAUUCUAUGCAGAAAACAACUGGAGGACGAUUGAUAAAGUGUCUGUUUGCUGUUAAACAAGAAUCCAAAAAGCAAGAAAAAACAAAAAUUGAAUUAAAUGAUAUAUGA